GUGAGACGGCAAAUCUCUAAAUUUGUCAACGCAUUUUUCCAAUUUUCCCAAAUUAACAACAGCAUAAACACAGUUCCUUGAGGAUGAGAUGAUGAACAAUGGCGGACGUAAUAGUUCAACUGCAUUUCGAUGUUUGGUUAGGAGAAAGCGAGUUGAUGCUGCAACCCCGACAAAGCAAACACUUGCAACUCAGCAAUUGGCCAGAAAACUCUCCCUUUUUGACCUUGUAGCAAUUGGCGUUGGAGCAACCAUAGGUGCUGGAGUCUAUAUUCUUGUUGGAACAGUUGCCAGAGAGCACACUGGACCGUCUCUCACUGUUUCCUUCUUUAUUGGUGGAUUAGCGGCUGCUCUUUCUGCAUUUUGUUAUGCAGAGCUUGCGUGUCGCUGCCCAUCUGCUGGAAGUGCAUAUCAUUACUCGUAUGUCUGCAUUGGAGAAGGGGUCGCAUGGCUAAUUGGUUGGGCUUUGAUACUUGAAUACACUCUUGGUGGUGCAGCUGUCGCUCGUGGCGUAGCGCCCAAUUUGGCUUCGUUCUUUGGUGGUGUAGAUAAACUGCCCUCAAUUUUGGCUCGUCAAACCAUUUUUGGUAUAGUAGUAGACCCUGGUGCUGCAAUCUUAGUUGUCAUUAUCACUGCCUUAUUAUGCACUGGGAUCAAGGAGAGUUCCCUUGCGCAAGCCAUAAUUACAACUGUCAAUAUUAGUGCGUUAGUAUUUAUCAUCUUAGCUGGUGCAUACCUGGGAUGUAAGACUGGGUGGCCAGGUUAUGAAGUCUCUAGUGGGUACUUCUCUUUUGGAAUAAAUGGGUUGUUGGCUGGCUCUGCGACAGUCUUCUUUUCAUACAUUGGUUUUGAUAUAGUUGCUAGCACAGCUGAGGAGGUAAAGAACCCUCAACGUGACAUGCCUCUCGGUAUAGGGAUUGCAGUAUCCAUAUGUGUCAUCUUGUAUAUGCUGGUAUCAGCUGUUAUUGUUGGUUUAGUUCCAUACUACGCAUUGGACCCCGAUACACCAAUUUCCUCUGCUUUUGCAGGCUAUGGCAUGGAAUGGGCUGUUUACAUUAUAACCGCUGGAGCUGUGACUGCUCUUUGUGCAAGUCUUAUUGGGGCAAUUAUUCCACAGCCUCGAAUACUGAUGGCAAUGGCUAGGGAUGGAUUGCUGCCAUCAUUUUUUUCAGACAUCAGUAGGCACACUCAAGUUCCUGUCAAGGGCACCAUAGCAACUGGUAUCUUUAUUGCAAUCCUAGCCUUCUUUAUGGAUGUGUCUCAGCUAGCGGGAAUGGUUAGUGUUGGCACAUUGCUCUCAUUCACCGUAGUUGCUCUUUCAAUCUUGAUACUUAGAUAUGCUCCACCAGAUGAACUGCCUUUUCUGCCAUCUGACCAGCAAUCGAAUGUUAGUGGUCAACAUUUAGAUGCUUUUGAAACAGAUGUGGCUGGUAGGCCUCUUCUUCAGAGUGAUGUAGCUCAAGAUAAACUCAGGAGAAGAAAACUUGCUGCUUGGAGUAUUACCAUGGUAUGCUUUGGAAUUCUUGUAGUGGUAGCUGCUAUUUCAACUGAAGGUCUAUCCAGCAUUCUGUGCUUUAUAUUGAGUGGAAUCGGUGGUAUGCUUGUAAUCUGCUGUUUGACUAUGCUCAAUUCUAUCGAUCAAGCUGGCACUAAAGAGAGUUUCACGAAAUCAGGAGGUUUCAUGUGUCCAUUUGUGCCUUUCCUACCUGUAGCCAGUGUUCUUAUAAAUACAUACUUGUUAUUAAAUAUUGGAGCUCAAACGUGGAUACGUGUUUUGAUAUGGCUUGGUGUGGGAGUUAUCAUAUACAUAUUUUAUGGCAGAGGACAUAGCUUAUUGUUUGAUGAUGUUAGAAGGCCUAUUACACAUACUAAUGAUGAUCAUGCAGAUGCAACAUUAUCUUAGGCUAACCUCAUGUAUCAAUUCUGUACAAUAUCAACUCAAACCAGGCAUGAACCUUGGUUGUAGAACACCAAAAAGUACUAUAUACUUGUGAAUUAUUAUUGUAAGAUAGAAAAAUUGCAGAAGACAUGAUGCUGAUAGCCAUAUAAUGUGGUGUAUAUAAUCAUUCAAAUUGCCUCUAGUUAAUUGAGGCCUGCUGAUAGCAUUA